AUGCUCUUCAUUAUCUUGCUGUUCGCUGCAGCCGCGAAGGCGGUACCAUUGACGAAAAGACAAGCUCCGUCUGGCGUUCCGAGCUAUGUCACCGAGUACGCACCUAUAGUCUACCUCUACUCAGCCGAUCCCUACCGUCCGUCGGAUAUCGGUGCUCAGCUCUCAAACACUCAGCCACAAGUCAAUACCACCCUCAUCAGCGACGCUCCUUCGCCACUAACCCUCGACAACCUCAAUUCUCUAAACGCUCUCGGCGGACCAGACGUCUACCUCACCUCGAUAGUAGACAUCACAACCAACCCGUCAUAUCUGUAUGGCGUAGGUCCAACCGACAAUGAAACGGAGGGCGUAGUAUCCACCGCCGUCAUUGUCAACGACCAUGGCUCCGGGCUUGUAGACGUCUUCUACAUGUACUUCUAUGCCUUCAACUACGGCGGCGAUUACUUCUCGUUCAUCGUCGGCGAUCAUGUCGGCGACUGGGAGCACAAUAUGGUGCGCUUCCAGGACGGGACGCCGACGGCUGUGUGGUACAGUCAGCAUUCGAACGGUGAGGCGUUCACGUACGAGACCGUGCAAAAGAGUGGUGUCCGACCCAUUGUCUUCAGUGCCAACGGUAGCCACGCCAACUAUGCCAUCAGCGGGACGCACGACCACACCAUUCCGGACGUCAAUCUGCCAGAGGGGCCGAUAGAGGAUUAUACCGACGAAGGACCGAUCUGGGAUCCGACGUUGUCGGCAUAUUACUACACCUACGACGCUGACACAUCAACUUUUGCCGCGUACGACGAUAGUACGCCGGUCAACUGGCUGUACUUCACCGGCCACUGGGGCGACGACGAGUAUCCAGAGAACGAUCCAAGACAGAGUGACAUCUUUGGUAUUGACGGGACGCAGAAGUACACCGGUGGACCGACGGGACCGGAGGACAAGCAGCUGAAUCGGACGGAUGUCUGUCCGGACAACGGAGAUGCGUGUAUUCUGCGAGUCGUGCUUGGGCCGUAG